CUCAUUCGCUUCAUAUCCAGUACCAUCACCGUUCCUUCGCUACAACACCAACUUCGCCUCUCUUCACCAUGAAAGCUGUCAGCCUUCUUGCGCUCGUUGCGCCCCUCGGUGCCAACGCCCACUACAUCUUCAACCGUCUCAUUGUCAACGGUGCCUCCAUCGGUGGCGAGUAUGCCUACACUCGCAAGAACAGCAACUCAUACAACCCUGCUUUCACCAACGACAUUGUGAACUCCAACAACCUCCGUUGCAAUGUCGGAGCCACCGCUGGCAACACCGCCACCUACACUGUCAAGGCUGGUGACAAGCUCGGCUUCAAGCUCUUCAACAACGAGUUCAUCGAGCACCCCGGCCCGGGAUUUGUUUACAUCUCCAAGGCUCCCGGUGAUGUGAAGAGCUACGACGGCUCCGGUGACUGGACCAAGGUCAUGGAGAGCGGUCUCAACAACCCCAGCACACCCGGUGUCGAUACCGCAUGGGCCAACUGGCAAAAGGAUAGACUCGAGUGGACUAUCCAGAGCAGCAUCCCUGCUGGAGAAUACCUUGUGCGUGUUGAGCACAUUGGUCUUCACGAGGGUCACGUCGGCAAGGCGCAAUUCUACAUUGAGUGCUUCCAGCUCAAGAUCGAGAGCUCCGGAACUGCCCAGCUUGGCCCCACCGUCAAGAUUCCCGGUGUUUACAAGACCAACGACCCCGGAAUUGCCUUCAACAAGUGGAACAACCCCAAGAGCUACACCAUGCCCGGCCCCAAGGUCUUCUCUGGUUAG